AUUUCACGUUGAAUGUAGUGGGUUCUUUCCUUUAUUCUUAAUUUUUUUUUUCCCUUUUUGGUCCGAGGGUACGCUUCAUUUCAUUUCAUCAAUUACUAAAUUUUAAUUUAUUUCAUUACUUGGAAUUUACUGGUUUAAUCCUUUUCGUGGCACAUCGCUUUGGGAAGGAAAUUGUUUCGGGUGGCAAAGGGAGAAAGCGGAAGUUUGCUGCCAACUUGAGAAGGAAGACUCAAGGAUCGGUCUCUGCGGCUUUCGAUGCUUUGAUUUCUUCAUCCAUGGCAGUGACAGUUUCCAUGUAGCAAGAAAUCAUAAGAAGUAUCGCAAAACUUGAGAGUCCUGAAUCCCCAAAUAGAAUAACUGGUAAUCGGUGCGCAGAUUGAAUGGGAAGCUCCAAGGCUUCUGCUGGGACUGCCGAUAAUUCUGCGACUGAGUCAGGCACCAGCAGCAGUACCCACUCUCAUAAUGAUGUCGCCCACCACUCUGAUUCCCCACCCUUCGCCGAAAGAGAGAAAGUCCUCGCCUACCAUAAGGGUCGAAUCUAUGAAGCUAAGGUGUUGCGAAUUGAGUACAGGCAGAAUGCAUGGAGCUUCUAUGUUCAUUAUCCUGGUUGGAAGAAAAGUUGGGAUGAAUGGGUCGGUCUGGAUCGUUUGAUGAAAUACACUGAGGAAAAUUUACAGAAAAAACUUGCACAUGAGAACGAUGACAAUGACAAGAAUACAAAGGCAGCCCGUGCAUCUCAACUUAAGUCCAAAAGUUCGAAUGCAAGAGGAAAGAAGCGAAAGAGUGAAGCUCUUGUUAAGGAAAAAGCUACUGUACAUUCUGACAAGUUUGUGAGCCUUCAGAUUCCUCCACCACUCAAGAAGCAAUUAGUUGAUGAUUGUGAAUUUAUUACCCAUCUGGGCAAGCUUGUCAAACUUCCCCGUACUCCAAAUGUGAAUGACAUUGUGAAGAAGUAUCUUGAUUACAGGUCCAAGAAAGAUGGAUCGAUAGCUGAUUCAGUUGGAGAAAUUUUCAAGGGGUUGUGUUGUUACUUCGACAGAGCAUUACCAGUAAUGCUCUUGUACAAGAAUGAGCGUAAGCAGUACCAAGAAGCUUGCCCCGAUGAUAUCACUCCUUCUACUGUAUAUGGUGCAGAACAUUUGUUACGUCUCUUUGUUAAGUUGCCCGAAUUAUUGUUCCAUGCUAAUAUUGAAAUGGAGACAAUGAUGCAGCUGCAGGCAAAAUUGGUUGAUUUUCUCAAAGUUAGUUGGCCACGUUUCUACAGAAAAAUCAGAACUCGUUUUUUCUCUCGACUUAUCAUGUCCCAGAAGAGAUUGAGAACAGCACCAACAAAAAAGACGAAUAGCCUAGGAACCUGUUUGUACAUAAUACUGAUGAGCUGCUGCUGUCAUAGAAGGUAUUCAGAAUUGACAUAUAUUUGUUGUGGAUAUUAUUAAUCCAAACUAUUCAUUAAUGCAUAAUAUAUUAUCGGGAACCGCAUUGUCAGCGUCAGCCAUGUUGAGUUGGGUGAGUGACAUUUCCGGAAGGAACAUUGAGUAUAUGACAGACCCUCAUUUUUGUAAAUUCAUUGUAUUUCUGAAAUUUGUAUUGGCGUUAGUCUCC